AUGGUCUCCUCAUACCAACCCCUAUUGUUCUCAGGCGCAAACCAAGGCCUCGGCUACGAAGCCGCCCGCGCCCUCCUGCAGACGCCCGGCCCAGACGGACUGAGCCGGUACCACGUGCUGCUGGGAUGCCGCGACGCAGCCAAGGGCCGGGCGACGGCGGCGGAGCUGGAGGGCCUGGCCCCGGGGUCCGUGACGCCGCUGCUGCUGGACGUGACGUCGGAGGCGACGGUGGCCGCGGCCGCGGCCGAGGUGCGCGCCCGCUUCGGCCGCCUCGACGUCCUCGUCAACAACGCCGGCGUCAUCAGCCAGGCCGCGAGCGCCGGGGAGCGGCUCGAGGCCGCCUGGGACGUCAACGUGCGCGGCGUCGUGCGCGUGACGGAGGCGUUCCUGCCGCUGCUCCUGCCGCCGUCGGGCUCAGGAGCAAGGCGGGAGGGACGGUUGGUUUUCGUGGGGAGUAGUAUGGGUUCCCUGACCGGAUCCGCGGACCCUAACUCUCGUUAUUACAAGUCCGUGACGGGUGCCAGCCCCAUGGAGUAUCGCGUUUCCAAGGCGGCUCUCAACAUGGUGAUGCUCGAGUACUGGAAGAAGUACGGAAUCCACGAGGGCGGGCCUCUGCGCGUCUUCACGGCGGAUCCGGGCCCAAACGCCACCAACUUCAUGGGCGAUGCCGAGCACGGCCGCCGGAUGGGGCUGCCGGGACCCGAGGUUGGCGCUCAGCAGUUGGUCAAGUGCGUCACUGGGGAACGGGACGGGGGGGAGGGCAAGAUGUGGGGGGCGUACGGGGAGAGUCCAUGGUAA